GCAAGUUACUCAAGACUUGACCCCUUUGAAUAUCGAUUUUGACCGUACCCACUCUUCCACAGUGCUUCCCUCCUGUUGAACGUGGCGUUUACAUAAUGAGUGUCCAGUAGAGCACCCGGGUGAGAAACUCUUCAGAUUGUAGGGUCAAACAAAAGUUACAAUGGAGCAGUUAGCGCAGAAGGUCAUCAGUAGUUUCUUGAGGGGUAAUACUCGGUCAGUGUCAGUUUAUCAGAGUGCUGGUAUAUGUCUUUUCGAGACAAGACACAGAUAUCUGCUCCUGGCAAACGGCCAGUCCAUUAUUGAACAUGCUGAUAUGGAUCAGUUUACAGUUUGCCCGUUUUAGCUGUUGCCAUGACAGAGGCUCAUUUAUUAUUCAACAGUUUGGUGUCUGGUUUUUGCACUCUGGGUAUUUUCGGUUCAUUUUGGCACGUCGGGAUGUUUUUGUUGGAUAUAUGCGCACUAAUUUGUUACCUCUUAGAUUGAAAGAGUAUGUCCGGUGUUGUUGACUGGGGUGUGAAAUGUGAAGUAUUGUGGUGGUCCAAUGGAGGGCUCCAAAGUCAAAGAGGAGACAGUGAGGACGGUCAGGUUCAGAGUAGCGUCUGCCAACAGCGGCCGUGUGUUGGCUGAGGUGUUCAAGGAUGAGACACGGUGGUGCGGGUCGGUGUCUGACCCUGUGGACUUGGACAGAAGCGGCGGUCCAGAGGCACAGCGGAGAGUCUCAUCCCCCACCAGCGAGGCCAACAGCCACCUGAAAGGCCUGGUGGUUGACUCUUCGAUGGAGGAGAAUGGAGGCGAACCCGAUGACCUGCUUUUAUAUGCCAGUGCCAAGAGAGAGAAGCUCUUCAGCUACACGCGGCUCAAUAUUUGCAGCAAAAACGGGACCGUAAGAGGGGUGAGGAACAAAGUCAGCGCAGGCCAAGUGCUUUUCAACAACCUCUCCAAAGUGUAUUCUGGACCACUUCGUCACCAGAAAAGGAGACCUUGGGAAAAAGAUUAGAUUCUUUCUCAUUAAAGCAAGACAAACGCCGUUUGCUCUGUGGCCCCUCCCUCUGUUGUGUUUUGUUCCUUUUCCCUUAAUUCAGUGUGGGCCUGGCGUCUCCCCAGUUUUUUUGCAUGUUGAAUGUAUCGUGUGAAUGAUUUUUGGGUCUGUGUGGCACACACUGACCGGAUUGUCCCAUUGGAAUAAUAUUUGAUACUGUACUUUUGGUAACUUCUUACGCACAGUAGUCACCUCAUAUGUUAAGAUGUAAUCGUAAAUUAAGUUUUCCGUGUUGCAGAUUAUUUGCUGGUUGCUCACGUUAAUGAAAAUAAAUCAACGUUGGGCCGAUU